GCUCCCGCGGUCGGCCCGGCUCCGCCGCGGCCCGGUCCGAUGGCGCCGCAGCGGAGGGGCGCGCCCAAGGCGCCCGAGGGCAGCGGGGCGGCCGAGCGCCGGCGCCCCAGCAGCACAAAGAGUGUCCGGGCACCCAGGGAGGUGCAGAGGAAGUGGCUGAGAACCUCCGUCCUGGGGGCCUGCGCCGUGCUUGCUGGGCUGCUGCUCUGGAGCAGUAUGGGGGGUGAUGAUGGUGUCACCGAGGUCCUGGCUCACCGUGGCGAGAUCCUGCCUGGACGGUUCAUCGAGGUGCCCUGCUCAGAGGACUAUGACAGUCACCGAAGGUUUGAAGGCUGCUCCCCUAGGAAGUGUGGCCGGGGGAUCACCGACACGGUCAUCACCAGGGACGAAGCCCAGCGGAUUCGCAGCAUAGCCGAGAAGGGGCUCUCCCUGGGAGGAUCCGACGGAGGGGCGUCCAUCCUGGACUUGCACUCAGGAGCCCUAUCUGUGGGGAAGCACUUUGUAAACCUGUACAGAUACUUUGGAGAUAAGAUACAAACCGUCUUCUCAGAAGAGGACUUCCGGUUGUAUCGGGACGUGCGGCAGAAGGUCCAGCUCACAAUUGCCCAGGCUUUCGGCAUCAGUGCAUCUUCACUGUACCUGACCAAGCCCACGUUCUUCUCACGCAUCAACAGCACCGAAGCCCAGACGGCUCACGAUGAGUAUUGGCACGCACAUGUGGACAAGGUGACCUACGGCUCCUUCGACUACACGUCGCUGCUCUACCUGUCUGACUACCUGGACGACUUCAGCGGGGGCAGAUUUGUGUUCAUGGAGGAGGGGACCAACAGGACGGUGGAGCCCAGAGCAGGUCGGGUGUCCUUCUUCACCUCGGGGUCGGAGAACCUGCACCGUGUGGAGAAGGUCCAGUGGGGCACCCGCUACGCUGUCACCAUCGCCUUCACCUGCAACCCCGACCACGGCAUCGCAGACCCGGUGUUCACGUAGCCCGGCCGCCGGCUCUGCCCACGGGGCAGCCACAGGAUGGCACCCCUCCCGCCCUUUUGGCCCAUUUCCUCCAACAAGGUGCCUUAUGAAUCCCCCCGA